AUGGAUCAUUUGGAGGAUAUGGAAAAAGUAGAAACACCUUCUUCUUUGAAGAUAGAGUUACUAAGAGACCGCAGGAGUGGGAAUGCGGAUAUCUUGUUGGCUUUGGGUCUUAUGGAGGAAUGUGAUUUGAUUGUAGAAGGUAACACAGCGAAUAGAGGAGCUUCUCUCAUUGCUCUAUGGAGGGCUUAUGGGCCUGAUUCUUUUGGUGGCUUUACUCAAGUCAUAUGUAACCGUUACCCCCACAACGAUCAGCUAGAGAUGUAUGUUCUGUAA